AUGUACCACCCAUCAGAGAUAUUCCCCCAGUAUGGGAGCUCCUAUGCUCUGCGACCACCACCCCCUCCUGGAGCUGCUUAUCCCCAGAGUCAGGCACCCCAAUAUGAAGCCUUCAGAUACUCAGAGCUGGAAGCUGCUCCCAAAUUGGAAGGUUUCUUCUCAGGUUUGGACCCCCCUGGGCGCCUCCUGCCCCCAACCCCUGGCCUCCCAUAUGGGUCAUCUCAGACACUCCCAACAGGCCCCCCAACAACUGCACCGCUACCCCCUGGAGUACGGAUGAGCCUGGAGAACAGCGAGCUCUGGAAACGGUUCAGUGGCAUUGGCACCGAGAUGAUCAUCACCAAAGCAGGCAGAGGGACCGCAGACCGGUCCUUUGCUGUUUCUAGAGCAGCAGCACAGUGCAAAAUCACUCAGAUGAAGAUAGAAAGCAAUCCUUUUGCAAAGGGCUUCCGAGAAAAUGGCAUGAACAGCAAAAGGGAGCGUGAGGCCCGAAUCAAAAGGAAGAUGAAGACCAAUGAAUGCGAAGCAAACGAGGGUGAAAGUGAGAGCAAGAAAGGCCCUUGUGACUCCACCCUGACAGAAGAGGGGCCUCUGGAACAACAGCCGCCCCCUGCACUUCCACAGCCUUCCUGUUCCUUCUACCCCCCUACAGGAAUUAAUCUCAAUGGGGCUGAGGCUUAUCUACAACAUCCAGCUGCUUUUCAUGGUUUAAGGGGGCCAGCAUCACCUUAUGGCAGGUAA